UUUGAAAUUCGGCCCAAGAUGGCGGCGGCGGCCGGGAGCGGCGCUGAGGCGGCGGCGGCGGCCGCCAGGCUGAAGGGGGCGGCGGAAGAGGAGGAGACGGCGGCGGCGGCCGAGGAUGAGGAAGACGAGGAGGAAGACGGCGGCGGGUCUGGCAAGGCGGCGGGCGUGGCGGCUGCCGGCGGGGAGGCCGGCGGCGGGGAGAGCGACGAGGAGGAGGACGUGUUCGAGGUGGAGAAGAUCCUGGACGUGAAAACCGAGGGGGGUAAAAUUCUCUACAAAGUACGAUGGAAGGGAUACACCUCUGAUGAUGAUACCUGGGAACCAGAGAUUCAUUUGGAAGACUGCAAAGAAGUGCUGCUUGAAUUCAGAAAAAAAAUUGUGGACAAUAAGCCUAAACCUGUUAAAAAAGACAUACAGAAACUUUCCCUAAAUGAUGAUGUAUUUGAAGCAGAAUCUGACAGCGACUGGCAAAGUGAAACAAAAGAAGAUGCUUCACCAAAGAAGAAAAAGAAAAAGUUGAAAGAUAGAGAGGAUAAAAGCCCAGAUGAUCUGAGGAAGAAAAAGUCUAAGUCUUCAAAACUCAAAGAAAAACCCAAAAUAGAACGUGAAAAUUCUUCAGAUAGCUUGGUCUCAGAUUCAAAACCAAAAAAAAGGACUUCAGAAACCAGGGAGGACUCCAAAGAUCCAAAGAAGCAAAAGAAAGAAGGUACUAAAGAAGUCAAGAAAAAGAAGGGAGAAUCUAAAGAUUUUAAAAUAAAAUCUAAAGAGGACUCAAAAGAAAAUAAAAAAUCACGGAAGGAGAAGCAUGGAGACCUUCAGUUUGACUCGGAAUCAAGUACUUUAGAUGAUACAUUUUCUCAAGGAGUUGAUAAUGAAAGUUCAGACUUAUAUCCUGAAAAUAAAGAGGAGAAGCACAAAGUAAAAAGUGGAAAGGAGAGAUUGGAACAAGAAAUUGCUGAAAAAGAUUCCAUUUCUGAUAGACAUCUUGAUGGAUCAGCUAGUAAUGAAGAUGAUAGUAUUGAAGUUAAGGUUAAAAGAAAGAAGAAAAAACUUCAGAAAGUUGAAGAUUAUAAAGAAGGAGGUAGAAAAGUAGAGACUAAGGAUACUUAUUUAGAGAAGAAAAGCACGUACAAAAGGCAAAAAAGUCAAGAAAAAGUAAAAAUAGUCACUGCAGACUUGGAGAAAGUGUCAUCUGUUCCUAUACCAGUGCAGAAGGGUUUAAAAUUUGGCACUGAUGAUAGAGGGCGCAAGUCAACCGAUUCAGCUGGAGAGGAGAAGGAAGUAAAGAAAAAUGAAACAAAAGAAAAAUCCCAAAAGAAGGAGUCUGAGAGAGAAGAAAAGAGCAGAAGAGAACAAAAGGGCUUAAAAAGCUAUAAGGACAUCAAAAGUGCGUUUGACUUGUUUAAUGUAACUUCAGAGGAAAAAAAUGAGUGUUCUGAGAAUAACCGUAAAAGAGAAGAAUCUUGUCUAGACUAUAAAUUUGUGGAAGAAUUAAAAUCAAAAGACAGCAAGGUAUACAAGGAAAGGAGGAGUAUAAGAGACGAGACAGAUACGUGGACUUACAUUGCUGCAGAAGGUGAUCGAGACAUAGUGGAUGUGUGUCAAAUAGAGGAGAACUCUGAUGGCAAGCAACAAGUCUUGAGUUUGGGUAUGGACAUGCAGUUAGAAUGGCUGACACUAGAAGACUUUCAGAAGCAUCUUGAUGGAGAAGAUGAGAAUCAUGUCUCAGCAGAACCGAUAUCAAGUACUCUACUGAGGGAUGCCGUUAAAAACGGAGAUUAUAUGACAGUGAAGAUGGCACUUUCUUCAAAUGAAGAAUAUAACCUGGAUCAAGAGGACUCAAGUGGAAUGACCCUAGUAAUGCUUGCUGCUGCAGGUGGGCAUGAUGACCUCCUCCGGAUCCUAAUCAGAAAAGGAGCUAAAGUGAAUGGAAGGCAGAAAAAUGGAACAACUGCAUUGAUACAUGCAGCUGAAAAGAAUUUUUUAACCACAGUAGCUAUUCUUCUGGAAGCUGGGGCGUAUGUGAACAUGCAGCAGAGCAGUGGUGAAACUGCCUUAAUGAAGGCUUGUAAAAGAGGAAAUUCUGAUAUUGUGCGGCUUAUGAUUGAAAGUGGAGCGGACUGUAACAUUUUGUCAAAGCAUCAGAACAAUGCACUUCAUUUUGCUAAACAGUGUAAUAAUGUACUGGUAUAUGAGCAGCUGAAGAGUCAUUUAGAAACGCUCUCAAGAGUAGCAGAAGAUACCAUCAGGGAUUAUUUUGAAGCUCGUCUUGCUUUGCUGGAGCCAAUCUUCCCAAUUGCAUGUCAUCGUCUCUGUGAAGGGCCAGACUUUUCUACGGAUUUUAACUAUAAACCCCCACAAAAUGUACCAGAAGGAUCUGGAAUUCUUCUGUUUGUUUUCCAUUCAAACUUCUUUGGCAAAGAAGUCAUUGCUCGGCUCUGUGGACCAUGCAGCGUACAAGCUGUGGUUUUAAACGAUAAAUUCCAGCUUCCUGUAUUUUUGGAUAGUCACUUUAUUUAUUCCUUCAACCCUACUGCAGGCCUUAACAAGCUUUUUAUACGGUUGGCAGAAGCUCCUACUGCCAAGGUAAAGCUGCUAAUAGGAGCCUACAGAGUGCAGUUGCAGUGACCUCAAAGUUGCAAGCGUGUUGAGUGGACUGACUUUUUUUGGAUAUAGUUCCGAUUCCUCUGUUUAGGGACUGACAAAGCAGUUUGGAACUUCUUGGCACCACACUCUUAAGACUAAGUUCCCAUCUCAUUGUCAUUCAUUGGCAGUCAUAUAGGAAAGUAUGUGUUGGAGAGCAGGUCAAUGUGCUACACUGGUGGGACAGGGUUGUCAGGAUUUUUCUUUUCUUUUUUUUUCCUUUGUACAGAUGUAGAUGUAAGUAUUCGUGCCAAUACAUAUAAUUCUGUUUCUUUAACUUGUGAAGUCCAGACUGCGUAUUUCAGCUUUUCCACAAUGUGGAAUGGUGCAUAUAAGAACUAUUUAAGGUAACUACAUGAAAUGUCUUUUUUAAUAGAAAGACCUUUUCCAUUUGUAAACUAAAAUUUUCUACUUGUCCUAACUUCAAUGUUUCUAUGUAAAAUGCGGAACUGUCAUAUGCUUAGAGCUAUGGGUAUAACUACAGUUUGAAGUUAUUGCAUUAGACUUAAUUGUGAAUUGCUAGGGGCUGUGUUCUGGUUUGAAGCACUUUCUACUACGAGAAAGCAGUUAUGCUUAAUGAUUCCCUUCGGACAGCCGCAGUUAAGUCUGUGUGCAGGCGUGAACAGAAAGAUCUGAAUAGGCUUAAUUCUUAGAGGAUCACAGUCAGAGUCCUAGUUAUAUCAGUGUUUUAAAACUACUUUUGUAUUAGAGAAGCAACUGAUAGUUUUACAGAUAUCUUAGCUUUUGAGUUCUUAAUCAAGUGACAUACAGUACAAACACAAGCUGAGUGAAAAGUAAACCAGAAAACUUGUACCUACUUAAAAAUGUGUAGGCAAUGUUUUUUGUGUAACAAGAAUGCACAGAGGAUUUCAGAUAUUUUAACCCUGACAGAUGAGAACGUGUAUUGCCCUCAGAUUCAAAUAUUCAGUUCCUCAGUGCAAAGAGCUGCUAUCUUUUCUUAAUUUAAUUGACCCAUUUUAUCAGCUGACAGCAGUUCUGAAAUGGUUCUGUGCUAUAAAAUACAAAUGUAAAACUUCAGUGUGAAGUAUAGAAUAUUUUUGUUUGUAAAUUAAACAACCUCUUGACAAGUAAAAAGAUCCAGAUUGUGCCUUUGCUGUUCUGGUUGCCAGGUGUAGUUUACAUGCCGCUAUGUGCCUAUAUUGUUAACAAAACUGUUGUGGAUAAAUUCUUACUGUAUUUGAGUGCUCACCAUCAAAAUGGUGCAUAUAUUUCAUGUAUCCUUUUAAGAACUGUGACUUUUUAAUGUAAAGCUCAGUGAACCAAUUUUUAAUUUUUGGUUCUUGGAAGUUUAAAACUUUCAUAUUAAGAGAUGCCAAAUCACAGUAACUAAGCACACUAUUUCAAUUUUGUGGAAUGUCACAUGAAGCUAAAUAAAACUAGAACAGCAACAUGACUUAUAAAUACUCAUUUCUGCUUUAAUUUAAAAUAGCUGCCUGUCUUUUUGCUUAACGGUAUUGAUGUGAUACUAACAAGUCUGUUUAGAAGCAGACUUGUUACCAACACCUCUUUGAAAUAUGCCAAAUACCUCAUUGUUUUGCUAAAGCGUUAACACCUGAGAUUCAAGAACAAGCACUGGUUGAGAAUCAGGUAUGUCACUACCAGCACUUAGGAAUUUUGUGUAGCUGCAUUUCUUUGUAGUCACUGUUCAUUAUUUUUAAAACUUAGGUAUUACAAAACAAUCCUGAAAGAUUAAUAAGGAUAAGGUAUGUUCUUCAGUGUUUCCUUAUGUUGGAGUGACAGUUUGUGUAUUGUGAUUACCCAUUCCUCAGUUAUUCCUGCAUUGUACAUUUAACAGUAUAGUGCAUGUGUGAUAAAUUGUGUAUAGUACACCUCAGUGACAAGUUUGAGCUGUAAAAGGUGGGGAAAAAAGGUUUUGAACAAAUGUCCAUAUGAUAAUUUAGUGGGUAUUUAGAUACUGUUGUACAGUCUACUAAAAACUUCCGUAAUGCUCCAAGAGUUGUCCUAGUAGCUAGCUUGUCACAGGUUGUUUUGAGGCUUGAGGAAGGGAGGGAAGAGUUUUACAGGCAAGAGUAAUAAAACUGAGUUUGUGAUGCUCUUAUUAAGGGAUGAUUUUUCUAUUUGGUUGGUGCUAUAAAGGUCCCCAUGGAAGAUGCAAAAAAGGCAUGCUGAAAAGGUUUUUGAAGCUGUUUUGUCUAACCUAUCAUCAAUUGUUGUUACCCACCUGCUCAGAAGAAGUUUUGGUGGACAAAGAUUGAAGAGAAAGUUGCUACAAUAAAAGCCAAUUCUUUAGGCACUGUGGGGAAAUACUUUUGAAGAAGUACUUAGUUUCUUCUUGCUGCUAUCAGCAAGGCAAGGCAGCUGGGGUAACUAUAAACUGCAAUGGCAAUAAAUUGUUUUGAAGGCUUGGA